AGCUAGCACAACACAACAACUGAUCAUUGGACCCGACGGAUCUAAGGCGCUACGUUUCAGCCUGGACUCCCGGCGUGGAGCAUGGGCAAACAAAAGGCUGACAGGCCGAAGAAGGCCCCCCAUCCGCACCUGCAGGCUCGACUGGCGUUUCUGCAUAAGGCGGCCCAGCUUCUGGAGACCCAGCAAGUCUCCACGGACGGCCCCGAGCUCGAGAACGAUGCCCAGAGAACUGGCAAUCCCCAAGUAGUGGCUGCAGGCGAAGGGGAAAGGAGCAGCGACGUGUUUCCGUCUCACAGCAACCCAGUGGCGCGCUACCUCAUGUCGCACACCAUGGCCAUCUCGCGCAAGACGAAGCUGCGCGUACCGCAGGAUGAGAAGCGGACCGUGUGCAAGCGGUGCUCGGCGAAGCUGGUCGACGGACGAACGAGCACGAGCCGCAUCGAAAACAUGAGCCGCGGCGGGCGCAAGCCAUGGGCGGACGUUCUCGUGGUGACAUGCCUCACCUGCCGUGCGAACAAGCGGUUUCCCAUUGGCCAGCAGAGGGGUGUGAAGAAGGAGGCCCGGCGGCUUGUUCUAACUCCAGGGCGUAUUCCUGAGCGCUCAGCUGAUGGAUGAGCUCGGCUGCAGUUCGCCUUUGUUCACAUUGCAUUGGGCGACGCUGCUGCAACGUGAAAGACUACAUGCCUAGAAUGCUCUCAUCAUGGAGACGCAUUUGGAGAAGGAAUCUGAUAUGUAUGGCAGACUAAAUAGUGCAUGGCUUCGCCAGAAGCUUUUUACGACCGCCGGGCGAUGGUGGCCUUGUCCGCACCAAGCAAAUACAGUUGGAGAGCAGAAAGUAGCUGAUUCACCACGAGGGUGACACAAUAACGACAUUAAGCUCACUGCCAGAGGAUGCAAAAUAUCCUUUCAAGAUAUGAAAUUAAACUACUGCUAAAAGGAAGGUGUAACAAAUUAGCACGCCCUCAGUCUUCUAGAGCAAUCCCUAAUUCUCCAUUCAUGAUUCCCGUCA